AUGACAACAAUCGAAGAAAAAUUGGAAAAGGCAGAAGGGUGGUAUGAAGAGGCGAAGAAGAAUUUGGCGGAUUCGGAGAAGGGAGAUUACAAAGGGGGUGAAAUUAAACGAGUUGCAGGAGAAGAUGGAUGGAGAGAUAGGUUGAUCGAAGAAAAAAAGGGGUUGAAGAAGGAAAAAAAAGACUGGAGAAACCAGGUGGUGGAGUUGCAGAGGGCGCUAAUUGAAUUUGGAAAAGAAAAAGGAAAACGUAUGGCAGAAGAAGAGCGUGUUGAUGGUAUUGAAAGAGGAAAAAAGUUGACUACGGCUCCAUCCAGUCUUGGAAAAGCAUCAGACUACAUCGAAGUGCAAACGCAAAACUGUUUUAUAAUGGCUAUUCACAAUCACUCUAACCUCCUCCACUUGUGUUUAUCAGCAUCACAUCUUAUAAUUGCUGGUGCUUUUUAUAAUGGAGACUAUUUAAUUGAAGGUCUAACAGAAAUUUCAUUAGACUGUUUUGAAUCUACGAACACAAAUAAUUGGAAGGAUUUGUUCAUAGAAGUUGAAGAGGUGUUAAAUGAAGUUCAUGAAUGUUUACAACGACUUGAUUUAUCUUGUAUAGAAUCAGAUGAUCCAAUAGCAUCUGGAAUUCUAGACAUUUCUGAAGGGGUGGAUAAAGUGAUAGAUAAUUUAUCAAUAGAAACAAAGCAAAUUCUUGCAGAUUUUAAAAUAAAUGAUCUAGAAUUAUUCGAG